CCUGCGCACAAAAUGGCGGCGCCCAGCUGCCGUACACCGGAAGCCGCUCUCCUGUCUCUCUGUAUCUGAACCAAUCAGAGCGCUGCGCGCCGCGCGGCGAGCCAAUAAGACUCAGCGUCGCUGCCGUGACGUCAUCAGUGCGCGCCUGCCCACGGGGCGUGCUGUACGGCAGGAGCGCCGGGGCGCGCCUCGCGAUGCAGCGCUGAGCCCCGGCUUCUCUCUCAGCAUGGCGGCGCGGCUGGUGGGGCGCUGCUGCUGGCGCCACCUCGCCGCCAUCUCCCUGGGGCCCGGCCCUGCCUCAGGCCUCCGCCACCCCCCCAGGGCCUCCUCGCUUCACGCCCCGGGAGCCGCCGCCGCCGCCGAGGGCUCGGCCCUGAAGGAAAAAACUGAGGAGAACCCCGGGGCGCAGGGACCCAAGGCGCUGAGGGAGCUCCUGGAGGCGGCCCAGGGGCCUCGGGAGCUGCUGGAGCUGAGCGAGGAGCCGGGGCUGAGCAGCAACCAGGCCUCGCUGCUCAUCGGCCGCCUGUCCCGCCUGGCCGCUCAGCAGCAGCUGGAGCCGCAGGGCUUGCUGCAGGACCCUCGCUUCAAGCAGCUCCUCGGCGUGAUGGACUCGCAGAUCUCCCAGGUGUGGAACAACGCCCUGGUGAACGUCCUGAAGAGCCUCUACUCGCUGGGGCUGCCGAGCAGCAGCCGGGAGUUGCAGUCGGUGGAGCACGAGGUGCUGUGGAGGCUGCGCCGCCUCACCUUCCGCCAGAUCGCCUCCCUGGCCGAAUUCCUGGCCUCCAGACCCCAAAAAGACAACAAACUGCUGGCCGAGGUGGUCAGGAAGCUGGAGCUGCGCUGGACGGAGCUGGAGGGCACCCGCAGCGUGGUGACGCUGAUAGCCAAGGUCGGCCACGUCUCCCCCGCCCUGAUGGACCGCCUGGAGGACAAGGCCCUGGAGCUGGCGGAGCACUUCAGCCCCGAAGAUAUCCGCAAGAUCACCCUGGCCCUGGCCUACCAGAACCGCCGCUGCGUGCCCCUGCUGCGCGCCCUGUCCUACCACCUCCUGCAGAAACACACCGAGCUCGACCUCGCCACCCUGACCGACCUGAUUUUUGCUUAUGGAAAACUGAAUUUCCACCAGCCCCAGGUCUUCCAGAAGCUCGCCACCGACCUGCAGCCCCACGUGGCCAGCAUGACGCCGGGCGAGGUGACGCGCUGCAUCAGGUCCUUCGCCCUCCUCAAGUGGCUCAGCCUCCCCCUCUUCGAGGCCAUCGCGCAGUACGCCCUGGACAACGCCAAGCAGCUCUCGGUCGCCCACCUGUGCAGCAUCAUCCUCUCCUUCGCCCGCCUCAACUUCCAGCCCAGCGGCAGCGAGGAUUUCUUUAACAUGGUCCACGAGGAGCUUCGGGACCAGCUGGACGGGCUGGAGCCCCAGCUGCUGAGCGACCUGGUGUGGUCGCUGUGCGUGCUGCAGCAAGCCAAGCCCCACUACCUGCAGCGAGCCCUGGCGCCCGAUUUCUGCGCCCGCAUCCAAGCCGAUCCGUCCCCCAAAGCCCAAAACCUGCGGGUGAAGCUGCUGCACAUCAACGCCACGGCCAGGUUGGAGAUCCCCGAGUACCAGGGCCCGUUCCUGACCCCAAAUCUGUUGGGAACUGUGGGGUCAGCGGGGGAAGGAGGCAGCCAGCUGCAGGGCAGCCUGCGGGAAGCCCUAACGGGGGUGCUGGGAGACCAGGACAGGGCACGAUUCGACGCCCCCACCAUCUACGGCUGGCAGAUCGACGCUGAGGUGGUGGUGAACGCCGAGAACAAACCCCUCCCCAUAAAGGAUUUCGCCGCCCCCCACCUCCUCCACGCCGAAGGGACGAAGCCGCUGCCGCCAGGAGCCAGGAGGGUUGCCUUCCUCAGGUGGGAGUUCCCAAAUUUCAGCAAUAGGGGCAAGGAGCUGCUGGGUCGCUACGCCAUGGCCCGGCGCCACGUGCAGGCGGCCGGCUUCCUGCUGGUGGACGUCCCCCACUACGAGUUCCUGGAGCUGAAGCUGGAGCGGCAGCGGGUGGCGUACCUCAGGGACAAGCUCAACAAGGCCCUGGCCAAGGAUUUGGCGAGCUAGCGUGGCCCCAAAACCCCCCCCUAAUAAAGAAACCUCCCCUAAUAAACCA